UUUAUUCGAAGUAAGGGAAUAGAAACAUGGUUAUUGCUAGUGAAGGAGCGGUGGAAAACAGGAUGUAUAUUUAUCAAUAGCAAGGUAGCACCACCAUUACGUAAAAGUAGUAAAGUAUAUGAGCUAUAAAUAAAAACGUGGUGAAGAUAGUAUUCGCCUAGUCCGAAAGGCGAAGAAGGUGAUGAUGAAGAAGGAGAAGGAGAAAAGCAGGCCAAGAAGGUGGGAGCGUAAAUUACCUAAAUAACCAAAACGCGUCCAGAUGUUCUGGGCUGAGGAGACAAGAGGAAGAAAAAGUGCCAGAGAUAGAGCAAGAAGCAAACCAAAAGCAGCAGCAAGAGGUGUGGAAGUGAAGAGGAAAGCCGCCCCUGUAGAGCUAUUCCCUUCAUCGGUCUCCAUUCUGAUUGCAGAUGCCAGAAAUGGCCAAAUCACUCAUCUCGCCCAAUGACUCUCUGGAGCCCAAAGCAGCCUACGCAUGGUCCUGCAUCAAAGAGGCUGUAGCCCCAAAUAGGGCCACGUGUGAAGCCACUCUCCUUUUGAUGCUGGACGUGAAAUUAAUGCAUUGCCUGUAUUUCAAGACGCGUUCCUUGUCACUGGUCCUUGUGUGUUUAAAAAGAACGGCAACACCCUUCACCACUUCAGCUUUUGUAAAAAUAAAUGCUGCAAUUAUGAAAGCCUGGGUCUUUGAAUGACUAACGCAAGCAACCAAAGGCUACUAUAACGCAUGCUGCGUUACCAUCCAACCUUCUGGCCUGCCUGGGCUGCCCUGAACGAAGGAAGAGGAACUCUCGUGGGCCACGCACAGAAUCUGUAAUGAAGCUGAUGGCUACAGUCCACUAGGAUCAUUUUAGUUUUUAUACUUUUAAUUAAGCGUUUUUUUCAGCAACCUUGAAACCCAGCCACCAACUCCCUUAGCAAAGGGAAAGCAAGGCUGUGUAGCCUUGGCUCUUCGCAGGUCUGCGUUUAGCCCACGGAUCACAAAGCACACAACCCUCUGCCGUGACCACACUCAGCGCCAGAGCCGGCUUUGAUCCGACACGGGGAAGCCGCAGGGCUCCGCUCCCACAGGCCGCCACCGGGGCCGGCCUGCUGCCCCAACCCUGCCACGUCCAGGUAAGAGGCAGAGGCGGGAGGAGUCACACGACGGUGGCCUGGAGGCGCCAGCAGUUACAGCCCAGUGUUUCCGUACGAGGACGUGACGGGGGCAGAGCGACCGACGAGGCCAGGCAAAGCCCCUGUUGGUGGGGACGCAGCUCCGCGAGGCCCGCUCCCAAAGGGCGUCCCUGCCCAGAGCCCGCUCUGACAGGCCCCGCUGACGGCGUGUGCAACCCCUCUGUGACGCGGUCGGGGGUCAUAAUGGCACAGCCCCGCGUCACGGCGGUGACCGCCCCCUUUAAGCUCGCCGACCGCACGCGUCCUCCCCACAUCUCGCAGAGAGGCCGACGAGACUCUAGGCGCUUGCCGAGGAGCUCAUCUCGCCGCUGCUGUGCUCUGGACGAGCUGCUGUGCCGUGAGGUGGAGUAGGCAGAGAGAAGCAGAACUAGAGGCAGGUGUGAAGGGCUGAGGAGGAGGGCUGCUGUGCCGGAAGACUGACCAACUGCUGCAGCAAUUGGGGGAAGUAAGAUGGCAAACUCCCUCUUCUCGAGACCUCGCUCGCCUCCAACUACUGAGAAGCUCAGAGAGUCUGAGCUCGCCCGGAUUUGGUCCAGCGCAUCCUAUUAUCUUGGUGAACAGCUGGCUCUCUACCAGGCUGUGAGCAUUCCUGGACUGGGGACUUUCACAGUUGUCAGAGAGCUCGUAGCCAGCCAGCAGAAUAAUACGGUUGCUGUUCACAGACCCGUAUUUCUUCUGGCAAAGGCUCUUGCGCAAGACAACGACCUCCAGUACGACUUCAUCGAUGAUGCAGAACCCGACCCGUAUUAUGAGCUUCCGUAUGAUGAGAUUGCCUCAGAAAACGGCAUCUCUGAAUACGAGGCUCAGCUUUGCGUGGAAAGGACCUUGUGCCUUUUCAGCGCCUGCAUAGGGAAGAGGCAGAACGUUGCCUUCGUUUGGAGGGACGUUGGCAUGCUGCUGAUUGAAGGAAGAUGGGUCCAAAUGAAAUUCUACGAGGACUUCCUGGGGAAACUCAACGGGACUGCUGACAAUUUGCAGGCUCUUCUUGGGAUGCCAGAAAUGAGCAAAUCAGUCAUCUCGCGCAAUGCCUGUGCAGCUUCCCAGACAUCUUCCGGACGUGUUAUUGUCUUCCCAAUGUACACGCACGAGAGCAUUCUUCAAAGGACUGAAACAGCAAAGGUGGACCUGAAAUACCACCUGAAGACCAGACACGAGCAAGGCUGGUCAAGAGCUGGUGACAGAGGCAGGAAAGGGGACCUUUGCGAGACGCACCUCCUUCAUCGAGCAGCGCUUUCUCCAGAGAAACUGCCGGCAUUGACUGUAAUGCCGGGCAGAGACCGGAAAGCCAAGGAGAAAGAGCCUCGCACCGGGCAUCUACCGGCCAUCCUGACGAGAUCCUCAGAAAAAGAAGAACAAAAGAAAGUCCUUCCUCUGGUGACUCCCAGGAUGGUGGACUUUGUUGCUGUAGAGGUGAAGAAAAGAAAGGAAUCCUCUUCCCCCAAGGAAGAGCAUUUCAGCUCUCCGUCUGAGAGCGAAUCAGAGCAAUCCUGCUCCAGCUCCGGCUCCGGCUCCAGUUCCAGCUCCAGCCCCAGCCUGAUGGAGAGGAUGAUGGGGGAGCAGGAAGAGGCCGAGGAACAGCCACCCAGCAUCUUCUGGGACAGCAGUGCUAUCCCUAAAGCUAGGAGGCUUUCUCCACGGACGGAUGAGACCCUGCAGGAGGUGGUGCAGUGUAUUAUGAGGCAGGUGUCCCGUGAGCAGCAGGGACAGAGAGAUGCAGAGAGGGAUCUGCAGGACCGGCUCCAGAGCGAGCUUGCAGUUGUGCGGUGGAGUCGGCGACCGAUAAAAGAAUCCAGCAUCCUUCAUCUGGCUGGGACUGGAUUAAAACCUGCACCCCCUCCGGGGCCAAGGCCGGGCAAGUCAGUACGGGCCCGGAGAGUAGUGUCUGUGCACAACAACGAGGACCACGAGAGAUCUGCCAGUACUCUGAGACUCCCGAGUGAGACAUCCAGCCAGUGUCACCCAACAGCUCAACAAGGACCACCGUUCACUUUUGGCGACGUUAAUGGUGACACUGUUAAAAGCAAGUCGCCAUUUCCCAUACCACCCUUUCCCUAUACCCAAUAAUACCCAAUACCCAAUAAAUCCCUAUACCCAAUAAAACCCCAUAACCCAA